GCAAACUAAACAAGUGCAUCUGCAUGUUGUAAAUCUUACCAAACCAAGGUGUUGCCACUCCUCCAGUUGGCUUUAGAAUUGUGCCGCGCAUUACUUGAGGGCCACCCCUGAAAAGAAUGGAGGAAAAGGCGCCGAGCACGCCCAAAGCAGAUGCAACAAGCGUAGAAGAUGGCCGUGCGGCGUCGCCGCGGUAUGGCUUCGCAUCUCAAGCCAAGGAGAGCUGCUCUGCCCUUUCAAGGUUGACGCUGGAGCUAUGGCGUCGUAUUCGCUUGGAAGUGGUCGUCGAGUGGCCGCUGCUCAAGCAGCGCUGGCGGAUUUUGCUUUUCGGGCUCAUCAUGCAGUAUGUGCACGGUAUCUUCACGCAGCUCGCCCACCGAAUGCACCAGCCCCAGGAGGAGCCGCUGCACGACGUUGGUUUUGACCUGACGCCGGAGCUUGGGCCGGAGCAGCACUGGGUUAGUGAGACGAUCUUCGGCAUUGCCUUCGCGACGUUCGUGUUGUGGACGUUCACCCCGUUCGUGACCCAGCGCAAACGGUUUUACACUGCCGUGAUGUGGUCGCGCCUGCUCAUGGUCCUCGUGGUGUGCCAGGCGCUUCGUAUCGUCACUUUCUCGGUCACGCAGCUGCCCGGCCCCAGCUUCCACUGCCGUGCCAGCGAGCCAACCGCGCGGCGCGAGUGGCCCUCGCACUGGACAGGGCACGUGUUCAUUGAUGUGGGCCGCCAGAUGUCCAAGAGCUGUGGUGACCUGAUCUUUUCGUCCCACACCACUUUCAUGCUCACUGGUAUCCUGGCCUACAACGAGUAUGGCUCCCUGGCGUUCAUGAAGGCACUGUCCUGGUUGAUGGGUGUCAUCAUCUCCAUCCUUAUCGUGGCCAGCCGCAAGCACUACACGGUGGAUGUGGUGAUCGCCUGGUACACAGUGCCCCUCGUGUUCUACACCAUGUACCGUCGCUGGACCACGCGGCGGCCCAUGUCAGACUUCAUUGGUGGCUCGGCGCUAUCAGCUUUUGACGACGUGGAUGGCGGGGAGCUGGAGCUGGAAGAGGUUCUGAUUGACCGGGGGGCCGGGGGUAUGGAGGCGGGCGGCAAGACGGCUGCCAUGGGUGGUGCGCAGCCGCGUCCCAACACGCUGAAAAUAAGCGUGCGCUCUUCUCAGGACGGCCGGCACUUGCUGGGCAUGGGCCUGACUUUGCAUGCCAAGGACGUGGACACCAGCUCAUCAGGGAAAGGCGAGGCGGGCAUGGCGCGCUCUGGAGCGGGGCAAACGGGGCCAGGGGCGCGAGGUGCUGGGGCGCGGUCCUCGGACGCCGCUGAGAGCACGACCUCUGCCAGCACAGCUGCGCAGAUGGAUGAUGGCUCCCAACAGGAGCGCCGGGCGCAAGGUGGUCAGGCCUCGUCAACCGGGUCCUGGUUCUUCUCGCAGCGCAGCUGAUUGGCAGCGUGUGCGUUGACUGUCUGAACGAAUGAAGUGCGUGUGAUGCUGCAGGCAGUGAGAUGAUUGAACUGGAAGUGUUACAAUGACUUAUCAACGGGACAUUUUGUAGGCGGCAUAGGCAUGUGGGCCGAGUUGAUCCUCGCUGGAGUUGCAGCUGAAGCGAUAGAGCAAUAGCGCAGUGUCAGUCAUUGUAGUCAAUUGCAAAGCAUCUCUCUCGCCUUUGCGCUGCACCUCACCUUUCUCGAGCGAUGCUGCUAGAUUGGUGGGAGUGGACACGGCCGUGACGGGGUGACGCUGGGUACGAGUGGAAGCAGGGGGCGUCGCCUGGCCUGCCCCGGGCACACAAAGUGUAUGGUGCGUCGUUUGAGUGCAGGCGAAGUAGAUGCGUGGAGUCAGGUGGAGUCGUGGAGUCGGGUUCAUUCCGCAUCUAUUACUCCGCCGGUCUGCAAGAUGGGUGUGACCGGCGAAGCACUAUACUCUCCUGCGAGUUUCUGCCUCAUCGAUGUUACAUGUUGCACCAAACAGCUAGACGUGGACCCUAAGCGCACUGGCACUGACUGGCACUGUGGCAGUUCCACAAGCGACAAGCGUCUACCGCGUUUAGGAGCUCAUCCACCCGUGACUGGCCCCAUCGGCACAAUGUGUCAUCUUUAUGAAAUGAAA